CAGAGCCACCAGCUGCAAGCCGACAAGCAGGCAGGCAGGCAGCAUCAUCAGUGAGGGGAGAGACACGCUUUUCACACACAAGUGGACUGAAAUGCAAACACACGCACAGGAAGGAUAGGUGUAUACUGUAGAAAGCGGUAGGUAUCAUGUCCAGCGGCUGCAUGCUGACCUGUAGUAAGGGGAGGUGCUCUGCUUGCAGCUUCAUGUCCGCUUCAGUCCUCUAAGCACCACCCAUUUGCCCUCCUCCCACCCACCUUGAGCGCCGCUUGGUGUUGCGGCUGCUGAGGGGCUGGUUGGAAUGACCCUGGAAAGCAGGCGACACAAGAAGAUGAUGUGUUCAAUAGGGCUGCCGGCAAGGAGGACAGCCUGAUACUUCAUCCUGGAAUCCAAGAAAGGGGGCUGACCUGCUCGGCACAUGCAUGCCCAUGUAGGAGGGCAUGGCUGUAUAGAGCGAGGGUCUUCAUUAAUCACACUGGACUAAAGGACCUCGACAGGGAAACACGCAGGUUCCCACAUUGUGGACUUGUGUGGGAUAAAGUUUAUGGGUGACCCCUGCUGACAAAAGAAACCUUCACAGUCAACACUCAAACACAGUGAAUGAUUUCGAAACAGAGUGCAGCCUUUGCAGUGCAAACCUGUCCCAUGCUGCUCCCUCCUCUCAGGGGAUGGCCAAGGUCCAGGAUGGACACAUAUACGCAUGUGACAGCUCUGCAAUGUUAGAGGAGGGCCAAGAUGGUAUGGACAGUGGUACCCUAAGUCCUGCCGCAGCUCGACAGGUCACCAUUCAGCGACACCCUACACAAGGCUUCGGCUUCAUUGCAGGCAGCCAGAGGCCGGUCAUUGUACGCUCAGUCUCUGCUGACGGACCCUCCUUUGGUAAGCUUCUCCCCGGAGAUCAGAUCUUGGCCAUUAACGAAGAGACGGUGAGCGACGCGCCCCGAGAGAGAGUCAUAGACCUUGUAAGAAACUGCAAAGACACUAUUGUUCUCACUGUGCUGCAGCCACAUCAGUCACCCAAGUCUGCCUUCAUAAGUGCAGCCAAAAAGGCCCGUCUGCGAACUAACCCGCCUAAAGUGCGCUUUUCAGAGCAAGUGUCCAUCAGCGAUCCAGACUCAACAAUGCUGAAGGACGACUCUUUGCUUCUUAUACCCAAUGUGUUGAAGGUCUUUUUGGAGAAUGGGCAGAUAAAGUCCUUUACUUUUGAUAGCCGUACAACUGUGAGGGAUGUGAUCUCCUCCCUGCAGGACCGCCUCUCACUGCGCUACAUUGAGCACUUUGCCUUGGUGCUGGAGGCAGGCGGUCUUGACCAGAAUCAAAAGUUACAUCUGCUGCAGGAGAACCAGCCCCUGACGCACGUGGUGCAUAGAACUUAUUUCCAAGGAAUGAAGUGUCUGUUUCGCAUCUGCUUCUUCCCCAAGGACCCUGCAGACCUGCUUAGACGGGACCCUGCUGCAUUUGAGUACCUCUACAUUCAGAAUCGCAAUGAUGUAAUCAAGGAGCGCUUUGGCAUGGAUUGGAAAUCUGACAUCACAUUACGACUGGCCGCACUCCAUAUCUACAUCACUGUGUCCUCGACAAGGCCCAAUCAGAAGAUUUCUCUCAAGCACGUAGAAAAGGAGUGGGGACUUGAGCCUUUCCUUCCCCUUACUCUGCUUCCAACAGUCAAAGAGAAGAACGUGUGCAAGAUUCUGUCACAGCUGUUGAAGACCUACCAGCAUCCACCACCAUCGGGCAACAAGGUCCCUCCUCUCCAAGGAAAGCUGCAGUACAUGCGUGUACUCAAUGACCUCCCACCCUUUGGAGGAAUACUGUUCAACACAGUUGAACUGGAUGAGAAACAAUCAGCCACAACUCUUCUGGUGGGUCCUCGACAUGGCAUCAGUCAUGUGAUUGAUCUGAAAAACAACCUGACCACCGUUCUGACCGAGUUUAGUAGGAUAUCCAAGAUCCAGCUCUAUCGAGAGACUCAAGGAGUGGCACGUGUGGAAGUUUCAAUCCACGAGGGCAAGCCCCUGGUGCUGCUCAUGGAGUGGCCAGAUGCCAGUAACUUUGCCUGCCUCAUCUCUGGCUACUACAAGCUGUUUGUAGAUCCUAAAAGGAACAUUUACUUCAGGAUCUCUGGUCAAUCUCACAUGACCAAGGCUGAUUACAGAAGCUCCCACCAUUCACACCCACGCUCUGGGGCAACCGGAAGUGGAGGGCGAAGAGGGGAUGAGAGAGAAAGCUCACACAGAGAGUCAGGGUCUUCCAGGGCCGUAGCUCCUGCAGAGUCUCAACAUCUAGGUCUGUGUCAUUUCCACCUUCAGGAACAACAACAGUUUCAGGAGCUCCAAGCACACCCUGAAGCUGAACUUGACAUCAAUGAGAACUUUAUUCCCCAGGAGGCCCCUGGGCGGCCCCGCACCAAGUCAGACCCCAUGCAGAAGAGUACCGAGGAUAUAGCUGGGGUGUCGUUGAGCCCACCAGUGGAGAAUGCAGGAUUUAGAGUCCGAGCCCAAACAUUGGCACAGACACAGAAAUCACCACGGUUCUUCUGUGACUCCUGCAAAGAGAAGCACAGGAACGAAGAUUCAUCAACAGCUGUGGGCAGUGUUCGGAGCUCGGGAAAAACGUGCUCGAGUGCUUGCGCUUCCAGAGAUGGAGGUGGCGUUGACCUCAUGGCUCUGCCGCCCCCUGGAAAUGAGGACGAGGAGGAGGAGGAGCCACCCGUUGGAGGCGAAAAGCUGCAACUACCACCACCUGCGAUUACUGCCCCACCACCUGGCUUCAGAGACAACAGCUCUGAUGAGGAUGACUCAAAGAGGGGAAGGAAGGCUCGAACCGGUGCCAACACAGAGAUCACCAAUGGGAAACAACGCCAAACUAAGGAAGAUGUGCCUGUGACACUUAUUGAUAACGUGGCCACGAGAACCGUCCGGGAUCAUGCACAGGAACUUGAUGAUGCUUUGGUGUCCACCUUACAAGCUCUAGAGGCUUUGGCAGCUUCUGAGGACUACCCCCAUCCCCAUCAGCAACCAACACAGACUGCAGGGCUCAUCGUCUUGGCUGCCAUUACACCCGAAUCAUCGUUGGACUCGGGCCAUGAGACAAAUUCCUCUGAACUGACAGAUGUUUCGGAGAUGGUUUCAGCAAUGAAGCAGAACCAGAACCAGGCUUACCUCCUAGCCCACCACAUAAACAAGGAAAGCCGCCUCUGCCGCCGCGACUUUCCUCUGGCAAUCCCUGGCUGCACAGCAAAGACAAUAGGGACGGGGGCAUUUUCUGUGGGUCAGAUCCGUGCUGGAUGUCCACCCAAGCAAGUAAUCCUCAGUAAGACUGUACCCUUUAAAGUCAGCCCCUGUCAAGACUCUGGAAUCGUCGGUGUUGUGACAGAGCACAGAACCAAUCAAGAUACUAUUCAGAAUGAACAGACACCUGAUUUGAAAGCAAAGUUCGAUUCCACUAAAGGAACCAUCCCUGAUCCUCUAUCUAAAUCAACUGAAGAACUUAAAGUGUCUGAGAUUUCACUUUCAGCUCAAGUCACUAAAGAUCCAAAGUUAUCCAGUGCCACUGGGGAGAUACAGAGGCUAAAUCUUCCUGAUGGCGUAAAGGAGAAGACAGCACCACCUCUUAAUACAGACAAAGCCUUAUCUGUUCUCUUACCUGUGGACAGAACUGCCUCAGCCAAGAUAUCCCUAACUAAUAUGUGCCAAGAUGCCGAGACUGCCUCUAGCGAGACCAUGAAGCCUUCCAGUUCGACAGAAUUUCUGUCAGUUGACGAUCUUUUCUGCACAUGCCCAGUACAACAGGAACCCGGGCCUCAGUUAAGAAUUAAAGAUCCACAGGUUCAGAAGGUGGUAGUGUUUCAGUCUUCAUCCCCGACUGAUGAUGAGCGUCUUCGAGCAAAAGGACUCUUCUUGGCUAACAACAAAGAAAAUGCCGUAAGAGUUGGAGCAGAAUGUAGUUUGGCAAAACCAAGUCCUACAGUACAGAGCAAGUAUUCUCCUCGUUUGCCUCUAAAAGCAGAAAGAAAAGAUGGAGCAGAGAGCAAGACAGAUGGUGCACCUGGCAAAUCCCACUCUGAGCCACAGAUAUGUGCCACAAAAUCAUUACCUAAUUUAGAGGACAACUCACCAAGCCCCCCUUUAGAUAAGGUAUCAACUCUACCAGCGAGAGAAUCAAACAAAGUGGGCAGUUUAAAGGGAAAGUCCCAGCGCAGUGCCCCUUUUUUGAGCAUUAGAAAUCUACUUUCCGCGACGUUCCCGGCGAGAAUGAGAAGAGAAACAGAUGAGCGGAGGGCUCAGCUGCAAAAGGUUCGUCAGUACGAGUUGGAGUUCUUAGAAGAGCUGCUGAAACCCAAGUCCUCGCAGGGAGAAUUUUUGCCCCAAGGAUCCUCACCUGUGCCCUCAGGGACCCCUUGUGCCUGUCAGCUACGCACCAGCCCUGUCCUAAAAGCACCAGGUAUCUCUCGGGAGCAGAGACGUAGCUGUGACUGUAAGAGAAUGUGUCGAGGAAUGAGGUUACCUGACACGCCAGUUGGCUCCACAACAGAAACGCAGAACAGAGGCAGGGAGAGAACUGCAGCAAAGACUCCUCACAAUGAAGGCGCUACAAGAAGAUCUCAGAACUUGGAAGUCAAGACUGCACGAAUACGUUCUAUCAGCCUUGAGUCAAGGGAGCCAAGGGGAGAGCAGGGUUCCUGCUUGCCUGCCUGUACCUCACAAACAGACUAUGUGGAGGAACCACAAAAGCUCCAGAGGCGAUAUAGCAUUGGAGAGCUGGAUAACAAUACUAACACACCUGUUUAUGCUGAAGUGAAGCCCAAAACCAAGAGUCUUGAGAAAGAGAUGGAGAGAGUGAGGGCCACAGGAUUGAGGCUGCCGACCCCAGUGGAGCCGGUUCAUACACAGUCUCUUCAGCCAGACGGAAAGGGGAAAAAGGGGGUGUUUUUUAUACAGAGCAAUGAGUUAUUGUGUGAAAAUAAAGGCGAGACCGGGGAGGUACUGCUUACCUUGCCCAGCGAAGACAGCGAUGACAAGGAUAAAUGCUGCUCAUUCUGUUUCUGCUACAGAAAAUGUGAGGCAGCAGAUGAGAGCAGUGAGAAGGACGAGUUAUCAUACUCCAUUCCCCUUCAGGUUCUUCCAGGCAUGGAGCUGGAUUCAAGUACCUUCCCUGUUGUUAGCAAAACCCUCCAGGUUCUUAAUGCAGAGGACUGUAGUGGAGAGGAAGACACAGAAAAAGAGCCACAGGCACAAGAGAUUGACCUCAGAGCAUGCAGUACACUGGAGGGCAGCCUGGCACGGGUUCAGGCUCUACAAGGCAAAUCCUUCAACUUGCCUGAUGGCUUCCUAAAUGCCCAGCUGGAUGCUAACGAGUUGCUAGCUAUCCUGCGUCAGUGUGCAAACAGCCCACAAGCUGAGGGUGAGGCUCGUCUUCAGCCCUCACGGAUUGCAGAGUACAAACAGGAGCUGGCAGUGCGCUUCAAGGAAUUCCGAGCAUCUUGUCGGAGAGUGGCGAGUGUGGAAAAAAGCCCGACUUGUAUGCUUGCUGUUGUCACAGCCAGCUUUAAAGUGCUGUGCGAUUUAACGCAGACCUUCAUUAAACUGGUCAGAGGGGUUCGCACAGAAGCUCAAAGACAGCAGCUGUUGAGGAAAGUCGAGGAAGUCGCUAUUAACUACACUUUGCUUCUUCGCGCAGCAGAGGAAUCGAUGGGACAUUCAAGCAGCCUGCCAACAAAAACAGUGAGCCCUCAAGUGUCCUCCAACACCAAUAACAUGAGCUCACUCACGCGACCCAUCAAAGUUCUUCCUGCCCAGUAAAGAUAACUCUGGCAGGAAUGUGAACAAAUCCAACACAAGCUCAUUAAUUAUUCAUUUAUUGUUUACAUUUUUACUGAAUGUGCAAUGGAUACUAAAUGCAGCUGUUCCAUCCCAUGUUUACAGGCCCUGAGGUAGCCUUGUGGAUUUUGCUCCGAAAUGUAAAGAUACACCAAAAUAAUGCACAAGUGAACAGAACCCCACAAAAGACUGGGUGGUACAGGGCUAAUCACCUCAUCAGUAUAUUAUCAAAACAAAUAAGUCAAUAUAGUAUAAUAUUUUAUAUGUAGUGUACAUUUGAGUUGUGUCUACUUAGAGAAUAUAACAUUUUGUGAAGAAAAAAAGAGUGAUAAAUAUAUUUCAAGAGAAUUAUAAGAUAAUAAAAAUAUAUGCUCUGGACAGAAAAAAGAGAUUUUGUCAAGUAGCGAUUGCUGUAAAGUGCAUAGUUUAAAGAAAUGGUUGGUGAAAUGGUACUAUGUCUGUAUGAAGUAAAUGUUGUAAUGAACAGAUUUAUGUUGGCUAUGUCGGACAUAUUUAAGACAUAAGUGCCGGUGUUGGAUAACUAAAACCGCUCAAAGCCAAGCGCAACAUAUUAAACUUAGUCAUGCUGACCCUGUUGGUAUGCACACACCUGCACUGGGUAUAUCAUGUAGCAGAGACCCAAGUAACACUCUUAUCCUCUGUACUAUAACAUCCUGUAGAGAAAGAACGCCCACACUGCACCUAAUACAAAAAGUGUGUUUUACACCAUCCUGCUUCAUAUGCCACUUGCAUCUCACUAUUCACGUGCACAAUAAGCCAGUUCAUUGAAAAUGGACAAUUCAGGCUCAAUGAAAACACUUGCAGAGAAAGACAUGAUGGUGUCCUCACAUUUAGCGCAAAAUACUACGUACUGUAAAAGAUGCUAUAGUUUAAAGCAUACCCAUCCACAAGCAACGGAAUAAGCUUACUAUUCAAAUUUUGCACAGCUUCUGGAAUCAGAACCGAUGUUGACAUAAUGCGUAAUAUAGUGUUUUAUCCCAUCUUCGGCCAUGAAUUUGACGUAAUCCUCAAAUCUAAAGCUUUCAUAGGAUCCUUUGUCAUGUUAGGUUGUCAGGCGCACUAUCAAUUUGCUUUCUAUGUGCUGUUGUACAUUGUGCAAUCUAGGAAGUAUAUAAGAAACACACAAAGUAGUUUUCUAUGUAUUUUAAUAAAACUAACACAUCCUUUGUGUCUGAAAUCUUCUUUGUGUCUCACCCUCUGUCAGAAAUGAAGGCGCUUCACAUGUGUGCUAGCCUAAUGUGCACACUGGACAUGCUGCUAGGAGAAAGUGCAGUGCAAAGGCCACAUUUUUCUUUAAUCGAAAACAACAAAAGAUAGAUGUCGGAUGAAUAAAUACUGAUAAAAUUACUGGUCCCUGUAUUUAUAAUACAGUAAAUACAUGUUAAAUCACAGGGAUAUAUUUUAUAAAUCCUAUCAAAAUUGCCCAUAAAUCAUUCGGGGUGCUUCAAUUGCACUAUUUUAGAUUUUUGAUCAUUUUGUACCUAUUGACUGUGUAUAAAUUAGUCACUAUCCAACAAAAGCACAUGUCCACAUGAUAUUUUUAUUAAACAAUGAAAAUUUAGCUGACAAAAUUGUGUUCACAAGCACUCUCUCUUGACAGUUUGUCCGUUGUGGUAGUGGUUGUGGCAUUUCUCAUAAGCAUAUACUGUGUUCAUUCUUUGGUUCUUCAUGAAUUCUCAAUGUUGGUACAUUGUCCAUUAAAAAUGAUAUUGUUUUUGAAUUUUACAGUAGGAAUAAGACAAUAGGGGGAAAAAAAUGGCAAUAUGUAAAUAUUUUCUAAUUUAUAUUGUAAGUAUAAAUAUAUUACGCAACAUUUCAAAUGUAAAUAUAAAGUAUUUGAUAUAUACGUCCCUAGGGUAACGGUUUAUAGUAGUAGUGUAACAUACAGGCAAAUGGCAGACUGCAUUUAACAAGAGUAAAGUAUGAUUAAUAAGCAUGAAACAUUUAUUUUUCUAAACAAAGCAGCCAAUGUUCUCUCAUCAUGACAAACUGGUUAUUUUGCUGAACUAUGACAUUCACUCAAAAAGGCCACCAUGGUGUAAUCCAUUGUUUUUGUUGUUGUUUUUUUUGUAUGUACACCUAUUCAUUCCUGUCUUACUCUCCGUAGUUUUCACUGUGGUCUUCUGUCUGUGUUAACUCAUGUUUUGAGAGCAAUAAAGGACAUCCUAUAAACUCUUUCAGAUAUUUGGAAAUGACAUUGCAUGCAGACAAGGUGUCUCACAGUUCAAACACCAAACAAACCUGAUAAUCCUGGUUGAUUUGUUCACAUU